AUGGAGACAUUGGCGAAGUUGGAUAAAUUCAUAGAAGGCAAAUUAAAGCUGUUAGCUUUCACCUCCGAAGAAACAGCAAGAAUUGUUCAAGAAGGGGAUGUGAAAGCGAUGGAUAGGCARGCGAAAGCAUUGGAGAGGAGUAUAGACAAAAUUCACGAAAUUAAACUCCAAAUACAAGAGAUAAAGAUCGAAGGUGAUUGGGAGCCAAACGAGGUUAGAAAGUGGUCGGAGGAGCUCGAAGCUAAGCUUAGUAAGUAUGAGAAGGAAUUUAAAACUAUCAAGAACRAAGUGACCGAAGUAGAGAGCAAAGAAAAGGAGAAAAUUGAGCAAGAAAWACGCCAGCGUGUUUUCGAAGAUGAAUUGAAGCUACAGGAGGUCAAAUUACAGCGUCAGUUCGAGAUGGAGAAACAAUACAAAGAGGUUACAGAUUCCUCGUCUAAGCCAGGGAGUUUUAGCCGUGCCAAGCUACCUAAGCUGGUCAUAACGCCUUYCCAGGGAACUCAUCUCGACUGGAUGCGGUUYUKGAGUCAAUUUGAAACAGAAAUCGACAAGUCAGAGGUUAGCCAAGUCACUAAGUUUUCAUAUCUCAAAGAGUUAAUUAUUCCCAAGGUCAGGGGCUUGAUAGACGGUCUCCCUUACACAACAGAGGGCUAUGAACGGGCCAAGAGCGUGCUGAAAUCCAAAUAUGGGAAACCAAGUGAGGUAUCAAAUGCGCACAUGCAGUGUAUCAUUUCAUUGCCGGUUAUUCCAGGGAAUGGGCCCUCCAAAAUCCAUGAGUUCUAUGAGAAUUUGGUUGCUCAUGUUCAAGUACUGGAGACUAUGGGUAAACUUAAGGAGAUAAACGGAUAUGUGAGGCUUACACUGGAUAAACUUCCAGGCAUUAGAGCAGAUUUAGUAAGAUUAGAUGAUAACUGGCAAGAGUGGGGUUUUCCUCAACUAGUAGAAUCCUUGCACAAGUGGUGUGAGCGCAACCCUAUAACCCUCGACCGUAAGGCGCCUAUCCCUACACCUGAGCAYGGUUUACGGAAGUCACCUCAAAAGCGAGAAAGGGUAUUUCAAACUAAGGAAGAAACGAGCAAGAUUAUCACAUGUGUCUAUUGUGAGUCGGGUCAACACAAGUCUGUAGAUUGUGAUCAGGUGAAAGGUGUCCAAGAGAGAAAGAAAUCCUUAGCUGCAAAGAAGCUGUGCUUCAAUUGUACUGGCGCAAAGCAUAGAGCGGCAGAUUGUCGCAGCAAGCACAAGUGCCAAAGGUGUGAGGGCAAGCAUCACACGUCUAUCUGCGACAAACAGCCCGGAUCGAACAUGAUGAUAGCGGCUGGGGAGGUUAGCGUGACUUAUCCUGUAGUCGUGGUCCUUGUAGAUGGCAUAAAAUGCAGAGCGCUACUAGACACUGGGGCAGGCAGCUCGUACGCGUCAGCUGCACUGCUCGAGCGCCUUAACAAACGGCCUUUGCGUAGUGAAUACAAGAGAAUUGAUAUGAUGAUGCACUCAACCACUCAACGUAUAGAUGUUUACAACGUGAAGGUGCAAAGCAUCGAUGGAAGGUUCGAGAUGUCAACACUUGUGAGUAAAGUUGACAAGGGAGCCCUUCUUAUGCUACCAAACCCAAGGUACGCUGAGAUUAUCAAAAGCUACAGCCACCUGAAAGGGGUCAUCAUGGAGGAUGACGACACAAAGAGCGAGUUGCCUGUACACCUGAUUCUUGGUGCAAGCGAGUACUCACGCAUUAAAACCGAAGAAAAGCCAAGGCUGGGACGUUCCGGAGAGCCAGUUGCUGAGCGUACYGCUCUAGGAUGGACAAUUAUGUCACCGGGUAAAGAAAUGGCCCUCGGAAACAUGCUUUUUGCACGUWCAUCUCUAGCAGACUACGAGCAGCUUUGUAAUAUCGACGUCUUGGGACUUGAAGACAGACCAGAAGGUGAUCAGAGCUUAGUUUACGAAGAGUUCAAGGAGCAACUGAGCCGCAACCAAGAAGGGUGGUAUGAAACAGGGUUGCUAUGGAAACAGAACCACGACACCCUUCCAAGCAACGAGAAAGGAAGCAUAAAGCGUCUUCAAAACCUGCUAAAGAAACUUCAGAAGAAUCCAGAUSUGAUGGAGAAGUAUGAUGACGUGAUCCAAGAUCAGCUACGUCAAGGAAUUGUAGAAGCGGUUCCUGAAACUCCAGCGGCAAAGGAGUUCUAUAUUCCACAUAAGCCGGUAGUGAGAGAAACAGCCGAGACUACGAAAGUGAGGGUAGUCUAUGACGCAUCAGCCAAAGAAACCGAAAGCAGUCCCUCGUUAAACGAGUGCUUAGAGACCRGUCCCCCUCUCCAGAAUYUACUGUGGAACGUCCUCGUGAGAAGUCGGUUCAAGCCCGUUGCAUUAGCCGGGGACAUCAAGCAAGCCUUUCUGCAAGUUCGCAUACGCCACGAAGACAGAGACGUUCUGCGAUUCCACUGGAUCAAAGACGGAAAUCCUGACGCCGUCACCGUUCUGAGAUUUACGAGAGCAAUGUUUGGUCUUGUGCAGUCUCCCUUUCUUCUUGCAGGUACACUACAGCGGCAUCUUGRUAGCCUCGAAGACAAGUAUCCCAGGGAAGUACAAGAAAUCAAGAGAAGUCUUUAUGUAGACGACAUAAUUACAGGGGGAGAAACCUCGCACGAAGUCACAGAGUUGAAAGAGACCACGAAAUCCAUCUUUGGCGAAGCGGGUUUUGAGCUGCACAAGUGGCACUCUAACGAUCCAAUGCUGGAAGAGGAAGAUGGCCAUCAGAAAGGCGAAAGUCAGAGCUUUGCAAAGCAGCAGCUGGGAGUAAAACCAGGAGAGACCAAGGUCUUAGGAUUGACUUGGAACAAGGAAAAGGACACCAUCGCAGUGACGUUCCCAGAGAGACCUCAAGACACGACUAAAAGAGAGAUGUUGAGGUUCCUUGCCUCGAUCUACGACCCCUUGGCUCGAUCUACGACCCCUUGGGUGUGGUAG